GGAAGAGGAAAGACCGAUGGUCAAAAUAAGCUAGCUAAGCAACCGUAACUAAAGCUUAACAAUAUUUUAACGCUCAGUCUAGAGAGCUGUUCUCCUAUCCAUUUUCGAAAAACAUUAGGUUGAGUUCUUAGUCGGCAAAUAGACCAAUUAGGUUGUUCGCAUAAAGUAGUAUUAACGUUAUUAAACGCAUAGCUUGCCACAGUUAGCAAGCUAACGUUUAGCUACCAGCCCGGUCGUGUUACACUUCAGUCAGCUCUCCAUAUCAAACACACGACGUCGGUUCUCGGUCUGUUUCUUCGACGGUGAGCGUAUAGUUGAACGACUUGGUGUUUUUUCCCCGUUACAUAAACAUUAAAAAAAAGUGGAGAUAAUGCACCAGGUCAAAAUCAAGACGGAAAGACCAGAUAUGGAAGGGGCUGGUGCACGUAGUAGAUUGGAUGCUGUUUUGAAGGGACUGGUUGAAAGGACUGAAAAUGAGAGGGAGCAAAACGAGAGCGACACUGGAAAAAUCUCAACUGACUCUUUAAACAAGGAUUUGUCUCCAUCAUCUGCUGGAAAAAGGCCAUCAGCUCGUUUCCCACAGCAUCGGAGGAAGAAACGGAAAGAGAUGGAUGAGGGCAUACCAGAAACCAACCUGCAUAAACAAAACUCUUACAUUAUUAAGUUGUUUGAUCGCAGUGUUGAUCUGGCUCAAUUUAACACCAGCACCCCUCUGUAUCCUAUCUGCCGUGCCUGGAUGAGAAACAAUCCUUCUGUUCGAGAGCCACUUUCUUCUCCGAGUCCCCCACACAGCAUGAUAGAGGAAGAGGUUACAGACUUGAUCAAUGGUAAAGAUCAGAAUGUGUUCAGACUCCCUCCGCCAACCUCCUGUCCAUUAAGCCCAACUGGUGAACUCAUCAAUCUCAGGAUCCCACAGACAGAAAAACCCACUGUUACAAAGUUAACAGAGCCAGUUCCUGUACCAGGUUCUCUCAUAUUUGACCACAUGGAACGAUGGAAAAAGAUAAGACAGAAAUGGAAGGAGUGCUCUAACAAGAACCAGUUGAGAUACAGCGAGAGUAUUAAGAUCCUUAAGGAGAUGAAGGAGCUUUAUGAUCACUGACUGGCUCACAGCUCUUCUCUACCACAGAAUGGACUUGGAAAGCUGCCAUGGCAAACAAGUCAAAGUCUGAAACAACUGCCAUAUUCAUAAUAAGUCUCAUAGGAAAGCAUUAACAGAACCUUGAGCCUUAAGCAAAAUCACAUGUUCUAUCCAUUGUAGAUACAAUUCAUAUUGAAGGAUGUUUGGGUUUGCUUCAAUGUAUUUUGCAUUGGCAAACCUACUGGGAUUUGUAAAUGAUUUUCUUGUAUUAAAGUGAUUCAUCUCA